AUGGCCAUCCGCGGCCAGAGAUUCACCGUCAACCUCGACGACCUCGACGACUCCCUCGACUUUGUCGCCGACAUCCGCGAACGCACCACAGCCGCCCCGCCCGCCCCUCCCCAGCCACCCACCACCGGCUUCCCGCCGCAUCGCAAACGAAAGCCCUCGGCCUUUAAGCGCCAGCGCGCUGCCGACCAGACCAUAUCACCAACACCCCAGAGCAAACCCCCCCAAGAUGAGCAGAGGUCCAUUGACGAGGAGAACAGGCAGCGGCUGGCGGCCAUGUCCCCCGCGCAAAUCGAGCGGGAGCGCGCCGAGCUGAUGUCGGCUCUCCCGUCCUCGCUGAUUGAGCGCCUGCUGAAGCGCGCAAACAUCGACAGUGAUCACCCGGCAGAUAGACCAGAGCCACAAGCAAAACCAGUCUCUUUCGACCUGCCAGACACCCAAAACACACCCCAAGAGCCGCCCUCCCAUCCCCCCGACGACAUGCCACCGCCCAAUCCGCCACCAGACCUUCUGCCCGCCUCCCAGCCUCCAUCCGCGCCGAUUCACUUUCCCACUCCGCCCAACGACUCGCCCAUGCCCAAUCUCGACCCGUCAUCCCCGUCCUUUCUCGCCGACCUCCAAUCCCAUUACUUCCCAAACACCCCCCACGACACCGCCUCCCUCUCCUGGCUCAAACCCGCCUCUCCCGACGAAGAACCACCGACCUCGGCAUACCAUCCCGCCAGCACCGCAACCGCUCUCGCUCCUGCAUCCCUCCGCUUCUCGCUCACCGGCCAGAUCCUCGCCCCGCGCACCUCGCUCGCCCUGCCCACAACCCUGGGUCUACAUCACCACGCCAAAGACCCCGAGGCUGCGGGCUACACAGUCCCUGAAUUGGCCAUCCUCUCGCGGUCCACGGUGCCCGCCCAACGCUGUCUGGCCUGGCAGGUCCUGGGCCGGUUGCUGUACCGCCUGGGCAAGGGGGAGUUUGGGGAGAAGGGGAGCCGCCUGGUGGAGGGGCUGUGGAGCGUCGUGGAGAGGGAGAAGGUGGUGGCCGGCAUGCUGAACGAGGCUGGUGGCAGUCUCGAUGGGCUCUCAACGAACCGUGGAGGAAUCGGGAGACAUGCGAGUGCGACAGCGUGGGCGACCGAGGCCGUGUGGCUGUGGCGGCAGGGUGGAGGGGAUCGCGGGCUGCUGAGGGACGGAGAGGUGCGGUCGCAGUAA